AAGCAUUUAUUCAUAAUGUUGCUGAUCAGCAACUUAAUCUCAACAAUUGUGACCGAAAGCUCCCCCCACUUUCAUGUACACGACUGGCACGAUGGAGCAGCGCAAGUGGCAUAUGCAACUCAAUGAGGGACGCGAGAGCGACUUGCCGCACAGACUCGAGCCCAUCGGCUACGUUAAGGGUGUCUCGGCCGACAAGGACUCGACUGGAGCAGUCGCCAUGGCUGCAACGAACACGUCAGAGCUCAAGAAGAAGCGCGCGAUGGAGAUCGGUAUGGCUCCAUUCAAGAGCCUCCUCCAGACGGCCUUCAUGAUGUGGAUGAGUGGCAACUCCAUCAACAUCUUCAGCAUCAUGAUCACCGGCAUGAUCGUCAUGAACACUGCCAAGUCGCUCUUCAACAUGAGCAAUGCUUUCGCGUCCGUGAACGACGGUGUGAUCGACUUGACGCAGCCCAAGGCUGUCUACAUGGCCGGAAGUUUGGUUGGUGCAGCUAUGGGCGUGUACAAAUGUUCCAACAUGGGAUUGCUGCCCACUACGAGCGCCGACUGGACGUGGCUGCUGCCAAUCAAGCAAGCAGUGGAGACCUCUUCGUUCGCCCACAGCCUCGGACAGUAGCAGCAAAGGUAAUCUAUGGGGCUAACUUGAAGCACAGUCAAUGAACACGCGAUGUAAGUUAGCAUAACUCAUUAGCUAUUCAAUUAGUACACGUAACUGCAGUAGAAUGAGGAAAACUACCCGCCGACAGACGACAAAACUCAGCGUGGUCACAUAUCCCUCUCAAAAAAAUCACUACAAAGCUAGCUGCGGUUAAUACUCCCACUACGACCUCCACACAGCCAGCUUUCACUGCUGCUCAUGUGCUUCUGCAAAAUUGAUAUCCUCUCCAACCGAAGAGGUC